AACAGGCCGCCUUAAGCUUAGAAAGGGAUGACGGCGCAUCGCAGCUCCUCGCCAAUGUGUCACCACUUGAUAUUCGAGCCCGGGUGAUACCCCUACACUUAACAUCUUCAACCACUCACUCAGCCAUCGUUACCUCCCGUCGCCAUGUCUGUCGAGGUCAUCACCACCAUCUCCCCCACCACCGAGGAACCCAUCCUCACGCGCAACGGCAUCUCCACUGAGGAGCUCGAGCAGAUUCCCGACAUUGCCACCCAGGCGUUCAAGGCAUGGCGCACAACGAAGCUGGCUGACCGCCAGAUCAUAAUCAAGAAGGCCCUCAAGAUCCUCGCCGACAGGCAGGAUGAGCUUGCCAACGAGCUCACCGUCCAGAUGGGACGUCCCAUCGCCUACACGGCCAAGGAGGUAGCCACCGCCGUCAAGCGGUCCGAAUAUCUGCUCAAGAUCAGCGACGACGUGCUCCAGGACACGCCGGGCGAGGAGGAGAAGGGUUUCAAGAGAUUUAUCCGCAAAGUACCUGUUGGCCCAGUGCUUAUCAUCUUUGCGUGGAAUUAUCCGUAUCUGAUCCUCGUCAACGCCCUGAUCCCCGCGCUGCUUGCCGGAAACUCGGUCAUCCUCAAGCCGUCCCCCCAAACCCCGACCGUUGCGGAACAAGUGGGCAGGGCCUUCCAGGAAGCCGGCUUGCCCGAUGGCGUCAUCCAAUAUUUCCACUCAGGAUCGCCCACCAUCAUCGAGUCUAUCGUUCGUAACCCCAAGAUCGCGCUCGUCUGCUUUACUGGGUCGGUCGCCGGUGGUCUUGCUGUCCAGAGCGCCGCCUCGGACAGGGUGGUCAAUGUUUGUCUGGAGCUUGGUGGAAAGGAUCCGGCCUAUGUCCGUGGUGAUGUAGACAUUGCUUGGGCUGCUGAAGAAAUUGUGGACGGAGCCGUCUUCAACUCUGGUCAGAGCUGCUGCUCAAUAGAGCGUGUGUAUGUGGACGAGAAGAUCCACGACCAGUUUGUUGAAGCCAUUCAAAAAGUUCUGAAGGGCUACAAGCUGGGAGACCCCUUGGAUAAGGCCACUCACCUGGGCCCUGUCGUUUCAAAAAGGUCAAAGGAGACCAUCGAGGCCCACAUUCAAGACGCGUUGGACAAGGGCGCCGAGAACCUCACACCCGAUAACGAGACAUUCAAGGACCUUCCUCCCAAGGGCAACUUUGUCGUGCCAACGCUCCUCACCAAGGUCGAUCACACAAUGAAGGUCAUGAAAGAUGAGACUUUCGGGCCCGUGAUCCCCGUUAUGAAGGUAAAGAGCGACGAGGAAGCGGUGGAGCUAAUGAACGACAGCGAGUUUGGUCUCACUGCCAGCAUAUGGACCAAGGACACAGAUAAGGGAUAUGAGCUAUGCGAGCAGGUUGAAGCGGGAACCGUUUUCGUCAACCGUUGUGAUUUCCCAAGCCCUGACCUGGCCUGGACUGGAUGGAAGAACUCCGGGAAGGGUCAAACAUUGAGCAAAUACGGUUUUGAUCAAUUCGUCAAGUUGAAGAGCUAUCAUUUGAAGGACUACCCCAAAUAG